UACUGCCAUGAUGCCUUUGUCAGAUGAGUAUUUUUACAAUAUUAAUAAAUUCUCAAAAACAAUAAAUAUAUUAGCCGGAAUGCCUUUAUUCGUUGAAAAAACAAACAAAUAUUAUCAAUAUUAUUGUUAUAUUGUAGAUAUUACUUUAUUUUUUGGGUUUAUUGCUAUUACGAGUAGUGUUUUUUAUUCGGACGAAAUAUUUGAUAAAUUAAAAUCUAUUGCCGUUGGAGCUUCGUCUUUAUCUGGAUUGUUGAACUCGAUGUAUCAAAGAUAUAACUACAAACGCAAUCAACACAUAAUGAAUGAUUUACAAUGUAUCUCAGUGAAUUUUCAAAAUGAUCAGCCCAUUGAAUGUUUUGUAAAGAAGAUGAAAAGUGAUAUUUGGUUGACAAAUAAGUUGCUUUUGUUUGUAGUAAUUAUUGCAGCACUUACAAUUCCUUUAUUUUUAUUCUGGGAUAUAAUUGUUCCACAAGAUGGAAUGAAAAUUCAUACUGUUGUACAGAUGGAAAUACCAUUUAUUGAUGCUAGUGAUGUUUUGGAGUAUUGGUUAAAGUCUAUUUUAUUAACUUUAAUUAUAAAAUGCGGAUUUAUUCAUCUGAGAAAAAAUUUAUCUUAUGAUAUUGAGUGUAAAAAUGAUGUAUCUCUGUUUUAUGGAUGUAUUAAAUGCCAUCAAAAUAUUAUAAG